GAUGGGCACUGUGGAAACUUCAACUUCGAUCCCAGUGAUGAUACAAAGGAGCUGAUCCUGGAGAGGAGUGGAGGCCCCGUGUCCAAGGAUGAGUCGCUAUUUCCCGAAUCAGGACCUGUGAUUCAGGCCUUCGUCGAAAAGUCGCUGGAGGAAUGUGACGCCGAGGUGCGGCUGCAAGCAGAGGACGUGUGUGGAUCGCAUGGCCACAAAACUCGCGCACUGCUCGAUGCAUGCAUCUUUGACUUCUGCUUCGCCGGGAAAGACUUUGCGGUAGAAGACAACAUCGUCAUGCAAGAAGCAGCAGUGCCCUCCUACACCCUCCUACAGGGCUACAGAUGGGCCCCCGAGCAGGCCUUGCAGGCCAAUAGCCCCGACCUGGUUGUUCUUGCGCCGGGCGGACGAAAGAAGUGCGAGGCUUUUCUGCAGGUUGUUGGAGGCAACUUCUUCUGUGCGGACAUCAUGGCCAGAAGAUGUGUGGAGGCCAGCUUGGAGCGUGGUCAACGAUAUCUGCUGGUAGCUUUCUCCUUCGGUUCGGGGCCUGUCGCACAUGGCGGCGAGGCACGUGCAGCUCCUUUCAAGAUGAGAAUUUUCUCCUCGCAACCACUACGUGUGCGAACACUCGAGCCUGAGCACUGUCCACAGCUGGCUGCAGCCGCGCUGUCAACCCCUAAGCUGCAUGUCUCGUGCCUAAGCCUCACGGCAGUGCCUGGACGACGCUUCCGAAGGCUGGUGAGACCCCUCGCCACUGGUCUGUGUCUGUUUCAGGUGACAGGUGAGGGAGCCGUGCUGCUGCUGCUCGCCAAUGCCACAGGCUCUGACAUGACCGUCAAGAUCACAUCAGAGGUGAAGGUGAUGACAGCACGUUGUGGGGAAGGCUUGCUGGCAGCUGCGCCCGGUUCGGAACAAGACAAAAGCUCAGCAGUCACCUGCUUCAACUGUGGCAAGCCGGGCCACAUCGCUCGUGAUUGCACCGCUCCCAGGCAGCGUGGUAUCAGACCUCAGUGGCGAUACCCUGCAAAGUGGCGACGGGUGAUGACGGUCUGUCGGCUUCCAUCCGAUAGCCAGCGCAUAGCUAUGGCGCUCAUUGGCAAUGGAAUGCAGGCUGAGAUGGGUGGUGUCGAGGUGCAGGUCGCUGCAGGCAGUGAAGAGUGGGCAGCGGCCAGCUCAAGGCAACAGCAGCUUCAAAGCUACAUGCUGUCGCCGUCUGCACCAGCUGUGCAACCGUUGGACGCCUUCGAGCCGCGAAAGCUGAUGAAAGGCCUUGUCGAAGAAGCAAUGGCAGUGCAAGCGGCCGUCGGUAAGAAGACGAUCGGGGCUGCAGUAGCAGAGGUGCUGGACUGGGUCUCAGAGGAGUCUCUUGCACAAGCCGCUGCUGCAAGUCUCGAGCAGAUGCGUGUUCAAGAGGAGCAGCAGCUUCAGCAGGCCUUGGAAGCUUCGAGAGGUGCAUCGGCGAUCGACUUGCGACCGGAUUCCGAAGACAGGUUGCUGGCAGCAGCUGUGGCUGCGUCGAGUGAGGAACAGGCCAUUGAAGCCUCUCGAAGAGAGUUCCUGGCAGCUGAGGAAGCUGAUUUGCAGGCGGCCUUGCUCCUCUCUCGUGGGUCCCUUGCUGCGCCGCAGUUUGUCGUGGACUCUUCCGAGGAGGAAGCCAUCGACAUUCCUUCACUUCGCGAGUCCAAGCGCCACAAGGCCGCCGCCUGA